AUGAGCCACACCCCUAUGCUAAGCACAGCGGUCUGCGCUAUCCUACGGUGGAAGAUUGCAAAAUGCUGCGAGGAGAGUAACUUCCUCAGCCAGCCUCCCUCGAAAUACUUACCACGAAACUGUAUUCUCGAUCUGGUCACUCCUGAGGCCGUCGCCAACGAGCUGGGCCUCGUCUACGCCGCCUCCACCACGGAAGAACAGGAAUUGAUCAAGUGGACGUGCCUGAAGGCGCCCGUGGCACUUCUCAUUACACUUCACACUAAGAUCACUAGAUCACCGAGGGAACUGUUGUUAUCUUUGCAGCUGUUCCGCGAGGUUGGCUUCGACGACGGGAAGCUCCCCUGGACAAGCUCCUCCGAAUUUCCCAGUUCCGCUGUGAAGAAUGCACGAGAUCCCUGGGUCAGCUACACUUGGACCCGAGACGAGAUGGAAGACAGCUUUGUCCAAACUCAAUGGAAGUUUCUGGUUCCCUUCUUCGCGUCGGAUACAUUCGAGUACAAACUCCAGCCUACACAGAUUCUCCCAUUCUCCCUGAACCCUGAAGAGGAAGCCAAAGAGGGUUCUUUUGGAUCGGUGCAUCAUGUCAUCAUACAUGAAGCACAUACUGAUCUUCCUUGCAGAGAGGUGGCUGUCAAAGUGCUCAAAAGACACUGUAGAGGCGAUGUGACCGCGGCAUGGUCAACCGAAGUUCGACUACUGAAGAGUAUCAGAGGCUUUGCGAACCCGCAUCUGAUCCACUGCAUGGCCGCCAUCGAAAGAGGGAACGAUCGUUUGUUACUGUUUCCGUGGGCGAGGGGAGGAAGCCUUAGAGAAUACUGGGAUGAUACAUCCCACGCGGUUCCCACUGCUUCCACUAUUAGGGAGCUGCUCGUCCAGCUGAAAGGCCUCGCCAAUGCACUUCGCCAGCUCCACAACUUCGGCCUGGAAGAGGGGACAAAUAACCAGACAGAUCCAGACGAACAACAAGGCGAUGGCACAAAAGAUGUCACCGAGGAAUACAGCGCCGGAACAUCUAUUCGCCAUGGAGACCUCAAGCCAGAAAACCUUCUCUGGUUUACGGAAAACGACGGUCGACGUCUCACAAUAGCCGACAUGGGUCUAGCGAAGCGUCACAGCUUCGCCACACAGGAACGGCCGAAACCCACCACGACCAACUCGGCAACGAUUCUAUACGAAGCCCCCGAAGCGAAGACAUCCCUGGGGAAGAAAGCGAGGUCUCGUCAGUAUGACAUCUGGUCGAUGGGAUGCAUCCUAACAGAAUGGAUCAUCUGGAUUCUGUACGGCAAUACUGAACUCAAGAGGUUCUACAACCACAUAAGGGGACCCAGCCCGGACCCCCACAAGUGGGUUCCUUACUACGACAUCAAACCAACCGAUGAAGGUGCUCGAGCUACACUCAACCCCGAUGUCCGCCGUUGGUUGUCUCACAUCAGAAACACUCAUCCAGAGUGCCAGAAGGAUACGGCCAUCAACGCUAUCAUGAAACUCAUUGAGGAUAAGCUUCUCGUCGCCGAGCUCUCCCCUCGACGGGGCACUCUGUUAAGUAACAGCGGCGGGUUUCAAGGCGCCUCGCUGUCGGCGCAAGGCGGGGCACGGUACAGAGCAACAUCAAUUGAAUUUGAGAACGCCAUGCAUGAUAUGUUGAAUCGAGCAACUGAACACCCUCCCUAUUUACUAAUGAGUACAGACUCCGAACUAGCGACUGCUCCAGUACCUAGAGAAAGGUCGCAGGCUCUUCUCUUGCCCGGACCAAUUCAUCACAACUACCAACAGGCAACGACAAAUGUCAGCCUUCAAGUCCCUCCAACGCCAAGUGCAAGACUUGAGAACUGGGAGUUUCCCGUCGAUAACGGAUUCGCCAAACAUGUCGCACUCCGCCUGGGCGAGGCUUCGUUAAACUUCCAUCACUCGGCACCUACGUUCCUCUGCGAUCGCUGCGCCAAACUCAGCUUUUGGGAUCCAGGUUUCUACAUUGUAGACAACUACGAUAGACUCCAACAGAAGUCAUCCUCCUGUCAGCUGUGCGAAUUGCUUUGGCACGCGUGUUCCAAGUUGCCUGAAGCGGGCCGCCCUCGCGCGGCUGUUCGCUUUGAGAGGGUUGAGUCGAUCAUCAAGUUGAUCGGCGUCCAGUCGCUGCCAGUUCUUUCUAUUCUAAGGAACUUUGAAAGUUCGUACUUGGUCUCGAACUUCCAGAUUGGGUUUCCGCGACUUCCAAAAGCUGGCACUAGCUUGUUCUUCAACAUUCUGGAGUACUGGCUACAAGACUGUGAUAAUCACCAGGGCUGCAGAGUCGUAGGCGAGGCAAGGCUUCCCACCAGGUUGAUUGACGUGGGAACACAGCAAUUGCCGACCUUACGACUGGUCGAGACAGGCGAGGGUAUCUCUGGCGACUCCAGAUACAUUGCUCUAUCUCACCGCUGGGGCGACACCAGAAAGCACCGGCCCUUUUGCACGCGUCUCAAGGACGAGAAUGGACACGACAUUGAGUCUUUCAGGCAAGCCAUCCCCUAUCAGGAUGUGCCCCAGACAUUUAGAGACGCUAUAGAGACUACCCGCCGUCUAGGCAUCCGGUACCUCUGGAUCGACUCUUUGUGCAUCAUCCAAGGGGAUGGCGGAGAUUUCAACACCGAGGCCAAGCGUAUGGAGGACGUCUUCAGUUGCGCUUACUGCGUGAUCGCAGCCAGUAGAGCCUCCAACCCGCACGAUGGCUUCCUGGGAGACAGACCACAGCGCCAAUUCAUCGCAAUGCCACAAGAAGAAUCCAGCUCUGUCUUUUUGUGCGAGACAAUCGAUGAUUUCGGCCGACACGUGCUGGAUGGCGCUCUCAACCAACGCGGCUGGGUUCUCCAGGAACGCGCUCUGGCGCGACGAACGAUCUACUUUACAGAGGCUCAGACAUACUUUGAAUGUGGUAAAGGAGUGAGGUGCGAGACUCUUUCAAAGAUGCAAAACAGCAUGGCAGAGUUUCUGGGUGAUGCAAGGUUCCCCGAAAAGGCCAUGAAGGAGAACUCACGCGCCAUCAAGAUACGCUACUUCCAGGAUCUGUAUCGUCGAUACUCACAGCUCGAGUUCAGCCACAUCCAAGAUCGUCCCAUCGCCAUCGCCGGUCUGGAGAACCGACUGCGGAAAGCGUACUGGAGCACGGGCGCCUAUGGUAUCUUCGACGACAGACCCGGUCACGGACUCUUCCAUCGAAGCCUGCUCUGGCAGCGGAGUGAGGACGAAGUGGCCCUGAAGUUGAUCGACUUUUCUUUUAAACCCGAGUCGGCGGCCCCGACUUGGUCAUGGAUGGCACACGAGGGUGGUAUCGACUACCUCGAUCCUCCCUUCCAACAGACGGAAUGGGAGGAGACGGAAAUUGAGCCGCCCUGGACGGCCGCUGGCAGUGGGGAGUCUCACAACACCCACAAUCUUAGAGUUGUUGCGCGGCCAUUCAAUGUGGCGGGGCACAUGCCCGGGGAGGUCAAAUUCGUCUACGACAACCCUGGCCGUGAGAGAAGGUCCGGUGAAAAUCGGGCCAUGUGCGUUGUGGUUGCCAAGGAACGAGGGAAUAAGCCAGUGAGCGAGAAGAGGCACUAUGUUCUUGUUGUUGCGGGUUCUGGAGUCGUAUCUGGCGACGACAAGAGGACAGUCUUUAUUCGACAAGGAGUCGGAUACAUGACAGGGAAGUACAUUGGGCUAGGAAGAGAAGAUGGUUUGGAAGCCAUUGUUCGAUGA